AUGGAUAAAUCCAGAAAAGAGUCCAAACCGUGUGAACCCCUGGUGAGAUCCAUGCAGAGGCUCCAGGAGGUGUUUAAUGUGUCGACCAUGAACGCCAUGAAGACCCGGCUCGAAUCGAUAGCCAAACAACAAGGACUGGGCUUCCACGUCACAGAUGGCACAUGUUACCUGACAGCAGACCUCUUCUACCUGGAGGUGGUGCUGUUGGCCUGCGGAGACGUCCAGGUGGUCAAAGUGGCCCCGCACGGAGGGGCCCCUGUGCCCAGCGACACCUUUCUGCAGCUGUUAAGGAAUAAAGAUUUUGCCAUGUUCUCCAAGAAGCUCGGGGAUCUUUACAGCCAGUACAAUAUCCCUGGAGACGCAGAAUUAAAAGUCAAAUUGUUUGAGUCCCUGCAAGUCCUCGGAAAAGAUUUAGAGCAAAUAUCGUGUUUACCAAGCGCCUCUGUUAAUCAAAGUUCUCAAGUUGACAACAUAAACUAUGGCAUUGUUGGCGCUGUUACAUUUGGAAAAGAAGAUUGUCCUUUGACCGUUCACUUCUAUGUUUCUCCAGAGUCUGAAGAACCGGUCCACACGGCUCAGCUCAACAUCGGCCUCUGUGAUGUCACGCACUGCCUCCAGAUGGCCUCCUCACUCUCUCAGCCUCCGCAGCUUGACGCACACGGCUUCCCAAAAUUUAAGUCUCCAAAUGAAGUCCCCUCUGACCAGGUGUCGGCCUGCUUCCUGCUAAAGCUGCAGCCUGCAAUCGCGAUGGUGCCUUCGUUAUGGCACAAACUCAGCCAGAUUACAGACAUGCCAGUACCGGUUAAUGACCUGCAGUGGGCGCCAUUGCCAACUCUUCUGAGAGCAGCCAGUAGCAGAGAGAGGACUGCAGAGGACCGGGAUAUCAUUUCCACUGUGUCCGUAGCAGAGGGUGGAAAGCACACAUAUGUUUUCCCAGUGGAGGCGUGGGAGGGGCGUGCCCAUAAAGCCACUUUAGUAGAUUCUGUUCCCUUCACCCAUCUGUCCCACGUCCCCGCUUUACUCGACCUGCUGCGUCACCAAUGUGCCAUCAACGCCAUGCUGAUGAGUGCAAUGUCCUCCACGUGCAGCACUGCAAGUUUUCCCCAUGAGCUGCAUUUUGAGGUCCUCCCAGAGUCGGACACAAGCUUCACGCUCACCUUUCGCCGCCCGGACACUGACGGCCUGUGUGUCUUGGUGGUGGACCUCCCUGGUUCUCGUCAGCUGACCUGCCGACUGUUCGGGGCAGAACUGGACAAUCCAUCGUUGGAGGAAUGCUUCUCCGCUGUCAUGAAGAGGACCCACUCCGUCCCCAUGACUCUGCAGGCUUUGUACAGUAAGAUGAUGGACCUCGCUCCCCCCGCUGACGUGAGCAUGACCGACACAUUCCCCCCGAGCGCAGCUGUGCCAGACCAGUGCGAGCCCACGUCUGUGUCCCAACCCCAGCUCCUGUCCGAGCCCCAGCCGAGCCCGCCUGGCGACCCCCCACCCCCCAGCGCCGCCUUCUCCCCCUGGACUCCCAACAACUACACCCUGUCAGAGCUCAUUUAA